AAAUCAAUAUAUAACACGGUCAUCCGAGCUUCGUAAGCCAACACCCGUAGCCGCCUCCUGUCGAUUUCGUCGUCCCCACGGAGCAUCGAUCACGGCUUUCAGCGAGAUCCUCGACGACUAGUGUCCAACCAAACACCAGCAUGUCACCGGCGAUGAGCAAGCUGCAUACGAAGGCGAGGCUGUAUGUGGAUGACAUGGCCCCAGGCACCGGCGAUGCGGACCUCCUCCGCCACUUCGGAAGCUACGGGGACGUGGCUGACAUCUUCAUUCCCACUGACCGCCUCACCGUCGGCCCCCGCUGCUGUGCCUUUGUGCAGUUCUCUAGCCUUCGUGAUGCCGGCCGUGCCCUCGCCGACCCAUGCCAUGUCAUCAACGGCCGGGAGGUAUACAUUGCAAGGGCCAAGGCCGGCCCUAGCAUCUUAGAGGCCCUUGUGCGAACUUCUGAACUCCACCGGCCAUGAGCCCUCGCCUUGGCACGGCUCUGACUGCCACGACUAUCAUCAAUAAUGUUGUGGCAGGUGUGUAGUGGCUGCGACCAGUCGGAAGAACCGACAACGAGAUUCAUCCAACGAGAAAAAUCAUUGGUUGCAUGGUGCCUAAUUAGUGGAGUAUUGCAUACUUUUUUUUAGCUUGAAUCGGAGUAUUGCAUGAUGCAUGGGGCCUAAUUAAAGGAGUGUUGCAUGCUUUUUAAUUUUGUGGGAAGGAGUAUUGCAUGCUGCGACUCAUACUUGCCAAACUAAAUGGGAUUUUUGGCUGCAUGGAAUGGAUACACAUCUCACACUGCAUAGAUCCGGCAUUAAUUGAGAUCGAUAAUCAAGGAUAUUAGCAGAUUGGCUGAUUUCAUGGCCAAAAUUUUCGCCGCAGAGUUAAUUCCUAGUUUGGUCGCGCAGCGGGAGUAGGUGACUAGCUGAAUGGUUGUCUCUUGGCUGGUCUUUUUACCUUCUCUAUCUUUUCUUCUUCCUCAUAUGCUUAUAUAUCU